AUCUUUCUAUUACCGUUCUUUUAUUUUUGCGGUUUUUGGUGUUAAGUGCAUAGCCACCCAUUUGUUUUUUCUUGUUUUGCCUUAUUUUCUAUUUAUUGACGGAAAGUUUAGCUUUGGGAUUCAACAGAUGGAAUUGGUGUUCUGAUUGAUAAUUUAAGUUUUUUUAUUCCUUUUUAAUGUUAAACAUAACGUAAUUAGGCUGUAAUUGAGUUGAUAAUCAAGAUUUGUGGAGGCGGUGGUGAUGUCUUAUAAAGUUUCCAAUAAUCUGUUGCUUAAUAAUUGAGUUGCUUGCUGCUGCUGCCGCCUCUUUCCUUUGACUUUGUAAGGAGUUGGGGUAGAUCCAUCCAGAUCUUCUGUGUAUAUAUUAUCUCCGUUCUCAUUAUCCACCGCCGCCACUCACUACCAUGACAAAAGCGGCAAAAGGGAAUCCCAAAUCCAAAUGCAUAAUCUAUAUCAUCAUUGUUAUUCUCCUGUUGCUCACCCUAAUAGCUGCCAUACUAAUAUCGACCCUUCGUCAUAAGAUUAAUGACCAUUCGCAUAAUUCUGUACCUUCAACCACCAAAGUACCCGCAGCUGAGAUUCAAUUAGCUUGCCAAGCUACGCGACACCCUGAAACAUGUCAGUCCUCGCUCCUUCAAUCCAAUCUUGUACCUGCAAAUCCAACCCCACCUCAAAUUAUCCAAUCUGCGCUGCUCAUUUCCUCUCAAAACAUCAAAUCUUCAGAAUCCAAGAUUAAGUCCCUCCUGGAGAGUGCAGGAGACAAUAUAAACAUCACCAACGUCGCAAAAAGCUGUUCGAAUUUGAUGAGUUAUUCUCAGUAUCGCAUUUCGUUGUCUAAUGAAAGUCUGCCACUUGGUAAGACCAAGCAUGCUCGUGCUUGGAUGAGUGCUGCUUUAGCUUACCAGUACGAUUGUUAUGGAGGGCUCAGCUACCAUGGCGGCAACACGCAGGCGGUUAACGAUACAAUCUUGGUUAUUAACUCUUCAAUUGCCCUUACCAGCAAUGCCUUAAACAUGGUUGUUUCUUACGAUUUGUUUGGUAACGAAACAAAGUCUUGGAGACCACCUAAGACUGAGCGGGACGAAUUCUGGGAGGGCCCGGCAUUGGGCAGUCAAACUGGGUUCACGGGUGAGUCUCCGUCAAAGUUGAAGGCCGAUGUAACGGUGUCCAAGGAUGGGAGCGGUGGAAGUUACAAAACGGUGCAAGAGGCUGUUAAUGCAGCUCCAAGUAAUGCGGUGGACCGUAGGUUUGUGAUACAUAUAAAGGAGGGAGUUUAUGAGGAGAUCGUUAGGGUUCCAUUCGAAAAGAAAAAUGUGGUGUUUCUAGGUGAUGGUAUGGGUAAAACGGUCAUUACAGGGUCAGUAUCUGUCGGUCAGGUCGGUGUUACCACAUAUGAGUCUGCUACAGUUGGAGUUCUUGGUGAUGGUUUCAUGGCUAGUGGUCUUACCUUCCAGAACACAGCAGGAGCACCUACCCAUCAAGCAGUGGCCUUCAGAUCAGACAGUGAUCUGUCAUUCAUCGAGAACUGUGAAUUCAUAGGUCAUCAGGACACUUUGUAUGCACAUUCACUUCGCCAGUUCUAUAAAUCAUGCCGCAUCGAGGGCAAUGUCGACUUCAUCUUUGGAAACUCGGCUGCGAUCUUCCAAGAUUGCGAAAUAGUCGUCAAUCCCAGGCAAGAAAAACCAGAAAAAGGCGAAAACAAUGCUGUCACAGCACACGGCAGGACGGACCCUGCCCAAGCAACAGGUUUCGUUUUCCAGAAUUGUUUGAUCAAUGGCACUGAAGAAUAUAUGGCAUUAUUCCAUAGCAAGCCUGGUGCCCACAAGAACUACUUGGGAAGGCCAUGGAAGGAAUACUCGAGAGUUGUUUUCAUACAUUGCAACUUCGAAGCUAUAAUAACACCAGAAGGGUGGAUGCCUUGGACGGGCGAUUUCGCACUGAAAACACUUUACUACGGGGAAUUCGAGAAUUCUGGACCAGGGUCUAAUUUGUCCGGGAGAGUAAAAUGGAGUAGUCAGAUUCCUGCAGAGCAUGUAUACACAUAUUCAGUACAGAAUUUCAUUCAAGGAGAUGAAUGGAUUCCUACAUCUUCUUAGUCUUCACUAACGUUGUAUAUCUUAGUUGCAAUAAUAUUUUAGAUGCUUGUCGGCGUUGUAAUAUUUACAGAAAUUUCUCAAGUGGAUGGAUAUGAUUUGUUGCUAAUAAUUCUCUAGUUAAUUCCUCUUA